GUUUGUGAGUUUACUCACCAAAUAUGUAUUGAUAGCUUACUGUCUGGCUUUCUUACCUUUCACGGGACCCUCUCCCAAAAUCCACACCCACAUCCGAUCUUGGGCACACCCCCUAAACCCAAACAUUGCCAACUUCCUGGCACCUGCCUCAGCUGCCGCCUAGAAAACUGAAACAGGAACCCUCUCCAAAUACGAAAAAUCUUCCGCCCAAUCUUCCCAAAAGGCCUCCCCACUAACCAGUCUCCAAGCCUCCUUUUAACUUUCUGCCUCUGUGGUGGGAGCAGCCAUGGCCUGGAGUUUCCGUGGAAAAGUCCAGCUGGCGGGACUGCUCCUCUCUCUCCUUGGCUGGGUCUGCUCAUGUGUGACCACUGCCCUGCCCCAAUGGAAGACUCUCAAUUUGGAACUGAAUGAAAUGGAGACCUGGAUCAUGGGGCUUUGGGAAGUCUGCGUGAAUCAGGAGGAAGUUGCCACUGUGUGCAAGGCCUUUGAGUCCUUCUUGUCCCUGCCCCAGGAGCUCCAGGUGUCCCGUGUCCUCAUGGUAGCCUCCCAUGGGCUGGGACUAUUGGGGCUUCUGCUUUCUGUCUUUGGGUCUGAAUGCUUCCAGUUUCACAGGAUCAGCCACGUAUUUAAGAGGAGGCUUUGCCUUCUGGGAGGGACUUUGGAGGCAUCAGCUUCAGCCACUACCCUCUUUCCAGUCUCCUGGGUGGCCUAUGCCACAAUCCAAGACUUCUGGGAUGACAGCGUCCCUGAGAUUGUGCCUCGGUGGGAAUUUGGAGAUGCCCUCUUCCUGGGCUGGGCUGCUGGUAUUUUCCUGGCCCUUGGUGGGUUACUGCUCAUCUUCUCAUCUUGCCUGGGAAAAGAAGAUGUGCCCUCUCCCCGGAUGACUGGUCCUACAGCCCCACCAUCCUAUGCUCCAGCAGAGGAGUUCGAUGGCUCCUUCUAUCUAACACCAAGACCUAAGAACCUGUUCAUCUAGGACUAGCUUCUGCCUAAGAAUCUCUGGAAUAAGGGAAUGUCAGUAGAAUCCUUUCUCUUCCUUACCCUUCAUCACUCUGUAUUUGUUUGCCUCAUUUGGGGGGUGGUGGUCACAGUUCCAUUUGUUAAGGAUUGACUAUCUUGGUGAUAUGGUGAUUCUAAUUUCAGAAUGAAAA